CUCCAAAUAGCUGCUGAAAAAGGACACGUUCCUAUCCUCGAGAUGCUCCUCAAGAAUAAGGCGCGCAUUAAUUCGAAAGAUUCGCUUGGCCGAACGGCUCUACAUUGUGCCGCUAAACAUGGACACCUCCCUGCUGUCAGGCUACUAGUAGAAAACGGCGCGCGUAUUGACUGCGCAACCGCUGGGGACACAGCGCUUGAUGUCGCCGUGGAACGGGGACAUUAUAAAACAGUCGAAUACCUGCUA